AGCGCGGGCGGCACCAGCUCGGUGGGGCUCGCGGCUCGGGCCGGGCGGCUGCUGCGGGCGCGGCAGGAGGCGGCCGCAGUCUCCAGGGCAGUGGCGUCGCCCGGGUCCCCGCAGCCGCCGGCGCAGGUUUGGACAUCAUGAAAACCCUUUCACAGUGACUGACUGCCUUUGCUAAUGGGAUAUACAGAAGCCCCCUCCACCCAGCUUCAGUGACUUUUACUGGUGGGCCCCAUCGGCAGGCCUCAUCAAUGGCGCCCCUGGCAGGAACUGAGGGACAGUGGCAGCUAUGCCUCCCUGUGCUCCAGCCACUCCUCCCACCUUCUGCUAACCUGCAUGCUGUGGGUGCCCUGGCCAUCCCCCGAGGACUGAUCAUCUGAGACUGUUUCACUCCGAGUACCGAGUCCCUCAAGAUGUGGCUGGAGUGGCUGGUGGCCUGGAGCUGGUCUCUGGAUGGCCUGAGGGAUUGCAUUGCCACUGGCAUCCAGUCUGUGAGGGACUGUGACAGCACAGCCGUUGUCACUGUGGCCUGCCUGCUGGUCAUGUUUGUGUGGUACUGUUACCAUGUGGGCCGAGAGCAGCCUCGACCCCAUGUGUCCGUCAACUCCCUCCUGCAGGGAGUGGAUGCCAACGGGCUACAGAACGGGUCCAUGUACUGCCAGUCACCCGAGUGUGCGCGCUGUAUGCACCAGGACGGCCUCAAUCAGAAGCUUUACCACAACCUGCAGGAAUACGCCAAGCGGUACUCAUGGUCUGGCAUGGGCCGCAUCCACAAGGCCAUCCGGGAGCAGGGCCGCUACCUCAGCAGCCAGCCCUCCAUCCAGAAACCCGAGGUCUUCUUCCUGCCUGACCUCCCCACUACGCCCUACUUCUCCCGGGACGCCCAGAAACACGAUGUGGAGCUGUUGGAGCGGAACUUCCAGGCCAUCCUCUGCGAGUUUGAGACACUCUACAAGGCCUUCUCUAACUGCAGCCUCCCGCAGGGGUGGAGAGUGAAUAGCACCCCCAGCGGGGAGUGGUUCACCUUUGACUUUGUCAACCAGGGCGUUUGUGUCCCCAGGAACUGCAGGAAGUGCCCACGGACUUACCGCUUGCUCGGCAGCCUCCGGACCUGCAUUGGAAACAAUGUUUUCGGGAACGCUUGCAUCUCGGUGCUGAGCCCUGGGACUGUGAUCACGGAGCACUAUGGACCCACCAACAUCCGCAUCCGGUGCCACCUAGGUCUGAAGACUCCCAGUGGCUGUGAGCUGGUGGUGGGGGGUGAGCCCCAGUGCUGGGCAGAAGGUCGCUGCCUGCUCUUCGACGACUCCUUCCUGCACACUGCAUUCCACGAAGGUUCCGCUGAGGAUGGUCCCCGGGUGGUCUUCAUGGUGGAUCUCUGGCACCCCAACGUGGCAGCUGCCGAACGGCAGGCCCUGGAUUUCAUCUUUGCUCCAGGACGAUGAGGACGUUGCCUGGGCUGGAGCCAGGCUGUGUGGGUCCCAGGUGGACUGUGGGACAGCCGAGUCCCUGCCCUGAUCCACAGUGGAAGCUCAGGUGGCUUCCUGUCACUGUGGGGGCCCUCUCUCCUUUGGUUACUGGGAACAUCCUAGGUUUCUUUCCCCUUCCAGUUAUUUGCUGGGACUUCUGACCUACUAGUGUGUCCCUCUGGGUGUGACAAGAGACUCUGUGCCCCUCAAGUCUGUGACUUCGCUACCUGGUGUCUCCUCCUUGUUCUGGAAUAGAGUAACCAAAAGGCCAUUUGUCUGAAUGUAAUCAUCUCAAACUUUGUAGCUAUCUCAAGCGAGAAAAACAAAACACCACAGACCACAAGCCAUUGGGCCUGAAAACUUGGCCUUUGAUGCUGGGGUUCCAAGGACCUUUACUGUCCCAGAGCAAGAGACAGCCUGUAAGUCUGGUUGGCUUCAUUAAGAGCUUACCAAACACCAUCAGGGUGGUGUGUAGGUCAGGGCCCAGGGAAUCUGUCAUUAUUGCUGUCACCCAAAGUCUGUCAGAGUCCUGGUGGUUUAACCAGGGCCUUUGCUCUAACCACAGCUUCCAACAGAGCCGACAACCAGUGAGUGCUCCCAGCUCAGCACAGAACAGGGACACACUUAGCUCACUGCCUACCGAAGCCUACUGCCAAGCCAGGCCUGACACAUGCUGUGCUGUGGUCUUGAGUUCACCGAGAUUGGCAGGAACCGUGCUGAGCUGAACCUCUGCCACCAAUCAUGUGACAAGGUGGUCCAUCGUGCUUUGGAACCUGUUGCCUAAGAGUUGAAAUUUAUUUAUUGUAUGUAAAUGUUCAGAUGCUAGACUCAGAGACAGCAGAGAGUCAGUCCCAUGUUGGUCAAAACGAUGACUCAAGCCCAUGGGCAUGAGGACACUGAAGAGAGCCACAGACCCCAGGAUCCAUAAACGUGACAUUGGUCUUUGGUCUUCAGAGAAAACACGCAGUUCUCUUCCUAAAGUGAAGGCUAGCCAGAGGCCCAGCUGGCCACAGGUCCAACCGAUGUGAGAGUAUAAUCAGCCAGCCUUUCUCAGGACACUCUGGGAGUAAUGACCCAUGGCAUUGUCCAGAGCAGAAUAGAAUGGACAGCUUGCCUUAUGUGACACUGGCCCAGGUCCAGCGUUAGGUCCAAAUGCAAACCAGACACCUCUAGAGGGUAAUUUGAUCAAGUCAGUCCAUAAUGGAGGGAAACGCACCUAGAAUUUCUGUGCUCAGAUUUGGGAGGGGAACCAUCAGGCUCCAGAUCCUCUGCAGUUGGGGGUCUCGUCAGAGACCUCCAAAGUGCAUGACUGCCACAUGUCCCAACUGCCCCCACCACACACCAAGGACAUGGCUAGGGAACAGGAAGUAAAUAAAGAGCUUGCUGACAA